GAUCCCGAGGAGCACGCCAUUAAUAUCGAGCCACGCCGUAAAAUCAACAGUUUACUAUUUUUUAAAAACGUGGUUCGUCGCGCUCUUCGGAACAACAACGAUGAGUCGCGAUUGCCGCGGUGCGUACAAAUAAGAAAUCGUUUCCGUAGUGGCAACGGAUCGGUUCGGGUCCGUGACGGUGAUAAUGAUAAUGACUGGGACGGGUUCUCGGGUACUGGAAUAGAUAUCAAAACAAAACAUACCGCGCGAGGUAGAACAUAUCGUCGAAGGCGAGGCGAGAGGGAAAAAAUGCGAGCGACAGCAACAGGACCAGAGACAGUGUCGAAGCAGUCGAAUGUGCAUACACAACACGAUAGACGACGAGGGUAUUAAGCAAUAUCCAUGCACAUAAGCGGUUACGCUUACGAGAACCGGUUCUACUGAAUCGUUACACUUGAAAGGCUAGCUUCAAACAGGACGAGACGUCGCAAGGUGAAAGUAGAAUGAUAAAAGAAAAUCGCCGUGCCCGCGAAUCGAAAAUAUCUUGUUGAGGUUCACGUUCACGGGUGGAACGGAUCGCGACAGCCGGAACGAAGAUGCACGGGCUGCUCGGCCAAGAAUUCGCAACCCAGCACGACGAUCGCUGCGAGUUGCUGACUAACCUCAUUCGAGAUUGAUCGUACACACGAUUUUGUACAUCUGGUGCGAUUGCGAGAAAGGAAACGGAUACUGUAAGAUCGUUUCCCUGACGACGAUCGAGCAGUUGACGCGAAAAACUACUGGGUCUGACAAUUAAAUACGGAAUCUUUGUUUACAAUGGCUGUGCCCAACAAGUGGGAGAAUGUUUGCAGAUUGUGCUCGGAGGAGAGAAAUGAGAUGCUGCCGAUUUUCGGCAACGAAGGCGUACAGCGUAAAGUCGCGCAAAAAUUACGAGCUUGCUUGCCUGUACUAGUGUACAAAACCGAUCCACUGCCAAAGCAAAUAUGUCAGUUCUGCGCCGCCAGGCUCGACGAUGUUUAUGAGUUUAGGGAAUACUGUCUGAGCGUUUACAAAAGCAUGCAUGUGAAACUGUUGUCGUUUAAGGACACAGAGUCUGUUCAGAUUUACUUAGACGUGAUGAAGAACUCUCCAGACCCUUGUCAGGCUCAAUUAUGGAGGGAAAAGGCCAGAGCACCACCACCGCUAGUACCUUUGCCAGCCUCACUGCCAGUUGAAAACCCAUCAACACCAAUAGAUAUUAGUCAAGACCAUACGAAUACUUGUAUCGAAUCAUUGCCCGAAUUACCAUGUGAAGUGGAGAUUAAGGAAAUGAAUGCAGACCCAAUCUUAGUAACUGAGGCUAGUAUUUAUGAAUCCUCGGGUAUAAACAAUGUAGAAAAUGAACUGUAUAAGCCAGAUAUAAUAGCGGAUGAUAAUAAAAGUUUGCUGAAAGAGAAUAAUGAUGGUUCAGGAAAAGAGAUACAGGUGAAGCGGGAAGAAAAAAAGACAAGUAUUUUGGAACAAGUACUAACGGGUAGUUUAACGAUGAGCGAUAGAAAGGAAUUAAAUUCAAAGGCAAAACUGUCUUCUAAAUGGUGGUGUGCUCCUUGUAACAGUUACUAUAAAACAAAGGAGAGCUUAAUGAUGCACAUGCAGUUGCACUGCCCUCGGAAGUACACUUGCAGAAAAUGUGCUGUAUGUUUUGAAUUAGUCGAGGAUUUAGCUAAACACGAAGCUACUAGCCAUCUAAAAGUGACAUUAGAUUUUGACAGAAGUCUUCAAGACUGUGAUCAAUGCGACAGGCAGUUUGUGAGUUGGGAAAUGCUGAAACAACACAGGUUACGCGAUCAUUUGGGCGAAUCGAUUGAUAUCGGGACCAAUACGUGGUGCUCAUUAUGCAACAGAUUUUUCCCAAGUAUAGAUGACUAUCAAAGUCAUACUCAGUUACAUGAAACUAAUAAUUAUAUGCCAGUUAGAGCGUCGCAAUUGGCAGAUCAACAAGCAGCUCCAGUUAUCAAUGUUGAGGAACCUCCGAAAGAAGCGAAGAGAGAGCAUAUUGUUGAAGCUACCAAAUCGCUCGCGUGUCCUACAUGUGGAAAGGUUUGUACCCAACAAAGCGCGUUGUCGAAUCAUAUGCGUACCCAUCAGCCUAAACAACACAAAUGUGAUAUAUGCGGACGAUGUUUCGGACUUCUCAUACGUUUAGCAGCGCAUAGAAUGAGCGAGCAUAGUCAGCAUCCUUCGAUAUCUCCAGUAAUGGCCAGUGUUGAGCAAGAAGAAGCAUUGAAUGCUGAAAGAGAAGCACGGGAAGCUAGAACUCGUGCAAGAAGCAGAACAUAUUCGGAAGUACGGAAGACGGAGAGGAAAAACACUACGAAUCACGAAGAACCACCUGCAAAAAAAAGGGCCUCCAAUGAAUUUAAAAACGUGGCGAGAUGUGGCAUCUGUUUCCAAUGGUUCAGUGAUCAUACUACAAUGUUAACGCAUUUACAAACGCACUCGGAGAACCAUACCUGCAAGAACUUCGCUUGUCACAUAUGUAAAAAGUCUUUCAAGGAGAAAUGGCAGUUGUUGAGACACGAGACGUCUCAUAAACGCAACGAGUCUUGUAUGACGUACACGUGCUCAGUGUGCGAUAAAUCAUUCUCCGACAAGAGUUUGUACAGAGUACAUCAGAAAACGCACAUUGUCGAUAAAACAUAUCACUGUUUGAAGUGUAAUAAGAUAUUUUUCAAAGAAGUGACGCUGUUGACUCAUCAUUGCACGUCGGGAGUCUCCACGAAGCCCUCACAAAAAUCCUUAACGUCGUUGGGUACUGGUAAAAAGUACAAAUGCUCCAAAUGCAAUGCAACCUUCAAUAGUUUUCAAUCGAAGAACUCUCAUAUGAAGGUGCACACCGAAGGCUCGCAUUCAGCGGUCCAAGAUGACGAAGUGCAACUCGAGUCAGAAGAUGAACCUAUGCCAAAAUUAAGUCCAGAAAUAUCAUUGGAAUACUCAGUGCCUAUUGAACCGAAGGUGGAAAUUAAUGAAGAGAGUGCGCCGCCACCUAUUAAACGAACUCUCAUUAGGACAACUGGCGGAUACCGAUGUGGAGUAUGUCAAUCUCCAUUCGUUUUGCGAGAAUUAGCAGUUGCACACUUGAUGUCUGCUCAUCCGAUAAUGCCAUACCAGUGUCCUUAUUGUAAAACGCGAUUCGCGACACAGUAUAUGUUCACGCAUCAUAUUAAAACGGAUCAUCCCGACGAACAUGAGAAUUAAGUUACACGAGUUACUAUUAGCUCUAAAAUGCCAAACGAUUCUUGUAUCAUAAGCUGCGCUUCGAAUCGGAGGCAAUUUCCGCGUUUAUGUACAAGAUACGCAAGACGAUUCUCAUUAAAGCAACCGAUGCAAUUAUUUUUUUAAUAUAGGAACGAUCUUGAAUAUUAGGAAUAAUUGCACCAUUUGCUUUUUUAGAAUUAAUCAGAAUACAGGGUAGACCACUAACUCUGUCCACUUGUGAUGUCUCUUUCUGUCAUUAUUAGUUUUCUCGUAAUUGAAACGAAUUCAAACAAUCUCGGAACCUUAUUGACCGAUUAAUUCACAAUGGAAUCUAUUGUCACUACAUUAUCAACGUUUUCCUAUUAUUUAUAUUGGCAAUAAUUACAUUAAGUAGACUGAUUUAGUGAUCCGACCCUACACAGCAGUUUUCGAUUUUAUAAUCUGGAACUGUAUUGUUUUUUAAUCUGGCACACUAGUUCCUGAACAAAUAAUUGGCCUUAAACAAUGUUUUGUAGUUUUACUUCAAGAAAAAAGAAAGUAUAUAUCUAUAUAUAUACGUGUAUAUAUACAUAUAUACAAAUAUGGUAAUUCGUAAAUAAAUAUAGUUUGUGUUGAACGAGAUACACUUGUUAAGGAAUUAUAAAUAUCUUUUAUUAUAGGAGACUGGAAAUAGGAUUAGUACUUAUACUGAACGUGCCUGUACAAGUAUCGUGUCAUGGUGUCACACAAAUCUUUUAGCUAAAUUGAUUUACGAUUGCCGACGAGAGACGAUCAUCUUAAUAGAUACCGUGUAUAUCUCGAUAAGAAAUAGUUAAUCGCAUUAGACGUGUUAUAUGUUUAUUUGUUAGUAACGUUGCCAGACAUUCCUCUUCCUUUGAAGAAAUUCAGAAAAUUGAAAUGAAAAAGAAAAUACUUUAAUUUCAUGAUAUCCGCCUUAAAUUCUUGUAUAGAGAUCUAGUAACUAAUUACAAGCAUAUGUAUAAUUACGCUGUACAUUGUCAUUAUUGUUUUAUUUUAUAUAUAGUGUAUUUACAAUAAAAUAUUGAAUGUCGAGAACAAA